UGCCUCUCAGUGGGGGGGACUGACUGGCUGACGUUGGGCUGAAGUGGCCAGGCGGGGAGGGGCCUCCGGCAGUCCAGCACCAACACCAUCCCUUGCGUGGGCCCUGCGGCCGAGCGGCCACCUGCUUGCUCCAGAGCCGUCCCGGUAUAAAUAGCGCAGAGGAAGGGGAGCGGGCUCCUGGCAGCCACCAUGACUGGACUGAGGCUCUUCUGCUUCUGCGUGGUGCCACUCCUGCUCCUUGGGACAGCAGAACUGCAAGUUUCUGCCCUGGAGGGCGCAGAAGACUCUGCCAACUUUGCUGAGGGCGGCUUGUUGCCUGGAGACCCAAGUCUCGUGAAGAAGCAGAGGCUGCUCUAUGGAGAUCUUGCCGGGACAGGAAUCCCUCUCCAGUUCUUGGGCAAUCAGGAGAAGGCUUCCCCAGAUCUGGGGGGAAAGCCUCAGGAUGAUGGCUCCACCAAUACAGGUCCUGAGGUGAACAGCGCAGAAAGGGGCAACCUGGACGAAAAAGGAGCGUACGUGACUGAGCCAGGGGAGGUCCUUGGCCAAGGGCAAGGGAUGGAUGGUCAAGAAGAAGGUGGGCGUAGCUUGGGACAGCUGGAGCAGUCUCCUGCAGCUAGUGUGGAGGGAUCACAGGCUGAAGAAAAUGUCCCACAGAAGAAAGGGGUCCCUUCUGAGGAAGAUGUCCAAGGUGUUCUCCCAGGAGGAAACCAAGAUGUUGCUCAGGAUCUUCUCCACUCUUUUGAGGCCCAGCAGGAUGAUAACCUCACAGACUCCCCUGACUUGGAUAAAAAAUUGGAAGGCAGCCCUGAGGAAGGACACUUGAGCAAUGCUUCACCAAGAGAGAAACCCUGGGGGAAACCCGAUGCUGUUCUGAAGGACGUGUAUGAAUCAGGAGAGCCAGAGGAGGCAGAAAGUGCCCAUACAAGACAGGAAGGAGCGACAAGGGAAGUGGCAGGGGGUCCAGAAGACUCUAAUGGGAAAGGAAGAGCUGUAGUGGCCAAAGUGGGAACUGCCACCCACCUUUCCGUGGAAGGAGUGGGGUUUGGCGAAGGGGAACCAGAUGGCAAUGGGGUAGGAGAAGCAGAAGAAGUUGCAAAAACGGCUGAAGAGGAGGCUCCUCAAGCAGAGAGAAAGGAACCUAAAGCAGAAGAGGUGGAGAACCCCCGGAGGGAUCGCUCCCACAUUGAGAGCACCCUGAAGUUGAAGGAGGAGAAACCUGCUGACGACUAUUCAGCCAUCCUGCAGCGACUGAGAAAAAUCUACCACUCUUCCAUCAAGCCCUUGGAGCAGUCUUACAAAUACAAUGAGCUUCGACAGCAUGAAAUCACGGCUUACCCUGGACGCACCCUGGGCUCUUCAGCCACAGAUGGAGAGAUUACUUCCAAGCCAAUGGUGCUCUUCCUGGGACCCUGGAGUGUUGGCAAAUCCACCAUGAUUAACUACCUUCUAGGGCUGGACGACACUCCCUAUCAGCUCUACACAGGGGCUGAGCCCACCACCUCAGAGUUCACUGUCAUCAUGCAUGGCCCUAAACUCAAGACCAUCGAAGGCAUUGUAAUGGCAGCAGACAGUGCCCGCUCGUUCUCUCCCCUCGAGAAGUUUGGGCAGAACUUUCUGGAGAAGCUGAUAGGAAUAGAGGUCCCUCAUAAGCUUUUGGAGAGGGUUACCUUUGUGGACACCCCCGGGAUCAUUGAAAACCGGAAACAGCAGGAGCGAGGCUACCCAUUCAAUGAUGUCUGCCAAUGGUUCAUUGAUCGAGCUGAUCUCAUCUUUGUGGUGUUUGACCCAACCAAACUGGAUGUCGGGCUGGAGCUGGAGAUGCUUUUCCGCCAGCUGAAGGGGCGGGAAUCCCAGAUAAGGAUCAUUCUGAACAAGGCUGACAGCCUGGCUACCCAAGAGCUCAUGAGAGUAUACGGUGCCUUGUUCUGGAGCCUGGCCCCACUAAUCAAUGUUACUGAGCCCCCCCGGGUCUAUGUCAGCUCCUUUUGGCCAUUGGAGUACCAAGCUGACACCCACCAGGAUCUCUUCUCAAAGGAGGAGAUCUCCCUUCUGGAAGACCUUAACCAGGUGAUUGAGAACAGGUUGGAAAACAAGAUUGCCUUCAUCCGCCAACAUGCCAUCCGGGUUCGGAUCCAUGCUCUCUUAGUUGAUCGCUACUUGCAAACCUACAAGGAUAAAAUGACUUUCUUCAGUGAUGGAGAGCUAGUAUUCAAAGAUAUUGUGGAGGAUCCAGACAAGUUCUAUAUCUUUAAAUCAAUCCUGGCUAAGACCAAUGUCAGCAAGUUUGACCUCCCCAAUCGCGAGGCCUACAAGGACUUCUUUGGGGUCAACCCAAUUAACAGCUUCAAGCUGCUGGCGCAGCAGUGUUCCUACAUGGGAGGCUGCUUUCUGGAGAAGAUCGAGAGGGCCAUCACUCACGAGCUGCCUGACCUCUUAGGGAGCAUUGGCCUAGGGAAGAAGUCCAGUGUGCUCUCCUGUGACAAAACUGGCUGUGGCGAAACUCCAAAGAACCGUUAUAAGAAACAUUAACAGGCUGCCAGCAUGACCCUCUUGUGUCCUGGUUGAUGAAUGAGCUUAUGUCUUAUCUGUCCAAGAAGCCAAGGUCUGUUAGCCCUUCUGAGUGCCACACUGACAACAGCUAAUAUAUAGAGUGAGGAGUUGGAGUCAUAAAUGGCAGGGAAGUUGGGUGGGCCUAGGAAAGAGAAUAAAACACUGUGAAUAUCUGUUACGAUUUAAUCUUUAUUUAAAAAAAUAGGCCACGCAUCAAGGAGAGGACAAAUUUGCAGAGGCCUUUGCAUAUGCUAAGCAAGAAGGAAGGAACAGAGUGUUGAGAGAAGGCCAAAAAGACCUCUUGACCACCAGGGGAAACCAAACAUGGCCCCUCCCUCACAAGCUAUGCCCCAUUCUUGUAACAUCUGAUUGCUUUAUGUGGAAUGGAGGACCACAGGAUUUUUGCAUGCAUCCAGCAUGUGGGGGUGAGUUUGACUCGCAGGAGCUAUGACCUAACUAAACACAUAAAGCAAUGGAACAGCUGGCCAAGGAUGUAUUAGAAGAAUUUGCAAAGGGAAACACUCAGUUUGCCCCAGGUUGCCAACUUCUCCUCCUCCUUUCUUCCGUUGUAUGUUAGCUCGCUCUCGUCUCUUCUCGGCAGUUGUUUCCCAUCUUGCGGUGCUUUUUCUAGAUUUGGAGAACUCUCCAAACAAAUGCUCUCUUCUUGGCAAUGUUUCUGCAGGAAGAAGUGCUUUUACUAUGAUUCCCCAAAGUGAACAGGGCAUGUUCUCUGAGGAAGGUCAUUGCCUACUUUAUAUCCUUGAUUUUUAUAUUUCCCUUAGCCGUCUGUUCUCAGGCUUGCUUGAUUCCCCUCAUCUCCCUUUCUGUCUUUCCUCUUACACAUCCAUGUUUGGCAAGUCACAUGGAAUAUCUCCAGAAAGGUUUCUGCAACAUGUACUCUUAGUGAUUUGCCUAGUUUGGAGCAUGCAUUGAACUCAUUGGCUGUACUGUGGAAAACUUACAGGUCCAUGUGUCUCGUUGAGUGCUAUGAGCUUGGGUGCUAAGAAGUAGGGAGACUCUGCAAGGAGGCAGCAUAAGUUGCACCAUCCUUGGCAAUGCAGAAGGGAGGAAACGGAAACGCGUGGUUCGUUGGGCAGAAGAGCUUUGGCUCAGAAGAUGUAUGUUGGGGGACAGCCGCCUUGGUUCGGUCUCCUCCCAGUUGAGAGGAGAACCCUGCAAGAUUCAUUGAAUCCCAGGAAUCCAGGCCCUGGCCUUGCCACUGGUGUUCCUUAAAAGCUGACUUGCGCCCAUGCCGUGUUAUUAACAUAGCCUGUGGUUGCUCAGCAACUGCACGGACCUUCCCAACAAUGGAAACACCAAUAUCUCAGAAGGUAGCCAAUACUGGAUCUGGAGGCGUCCGCCCUCUCCCAUUUGUACGUGACCAUGAAGUCCACCUCAGUGGACAGCCUGAGAACAGCUGGCUAAUCUAAUGUGACCAGCUUCUCCCUUUCUGCCUUGGGAAUAUAUGCUCUUCUGGUCCGCGGAUGUUCAGAGGAGGAAGCCUGUGUGUCCUCUCCCUUUGGUUGAAUUACCAGACCCAAACCAUCCAUCCAUGGUUGUGUGCUUCUUUUGAACAGAAUUUUGGACAGAUGUAUUUAAAGGAAUUACAUAGCUGUGUAAUGCAUUUCCACUUAGUGGUUCGCAGUAAUAGUUUAUCUUUGGAGACACUAUAUACUUCAGCCCUUCUAAUAAAUUCUGGUAUUUUUCAGUCACA